GAGAGAGAGAGGGGGGAACAUCUGAGGCAACUCCAGUCUUUCUUCUUUAACCACACCCACAAGAGCGCAUUUCUCAACAUUGCGCUUCUCUACCUGUCGACGGGAGCUAAAUCUGUGCAUUACAGGACUAAAACGACAUUAAAGCAGCAAUAAAUCCGCUGGAAAUAAACGUGAUCGCGUCCCUUUCAAGUAACAAUGGACUAACACUUCUUUUGGUCUGAAGAUAAACUCCUAACAGCAAAAGAAGAAUAUUUGACUGCCAGCCAAGGACAUGGACUGGAAGACCUUUCAAGCCCUCCUUAGUGGGGUGAACAAAUACUCCACAGCGUUCGGGAGGGUAUGGCUGUCUGUGGUGUUUGUGUUCAGAGUGAUGGUGUACGUGGUGGCAGCAGAGAGAGUAUGGGGCGAUGAGCAGAAGGACUUCGAUUGCAACACCAAGCAGCCCGGCUGCGCCAACGUGUGCUAUGACCACUUCUUUCCCAUCUCCCACAUCCGCCUGUGGGCCUUGCAGCUCAUCUUCGUCACCUGCCCAUCCUUCAUGGUGGUCAUGCACGUGGCGUACCGUGAUGACCGCGAGCGCAAGUACAAAGCCAGGCAUGGUGACAACAGCAAGCUGUACAACAACACAGGCAAGAAACAUGGUGGCUUGUGGUGGACCUAUCUCAUCAGCCUUUUUGUAAAAACGGGUAUCGAGGUAGCCUUCCUCUACAUCCUCCACCACGUCUACGACAGCUUCUACCUACCAAGACUAGUUAAGUGUGAGGUGUUGCCUUGCCCCAACCAGGUGGACUGCUACAUCGGUCACCCCACAGAGAAGAAGGUCUUCACCUACUUCAUGGUUGGAGCUUCGGCCCUCUGCAUCGUUCUGAACAUCUGCGAGAUCAUUUAUCUAAUCUCUAAACGCAUUGUUCGAUGUGCAAACAAGAUAAAAAGGCGCAGUCGCCAAAGGGUUGCACAUCAAGACAACUACAACGAUGAUCCUUUUAACAACUGCAAUGUACCGAUGCUGAAGCAGGACAUUAAGGAAAAGGAAAGGCCCCCAUCCUUCAAAUCUGCAUACAGGCCAUCUGGACUCAAACUUGAAGAGAAGAUAAGGGCCUCUGCUCCUAAUCUGUUAAUGGCUUCGUGAUUGAAAAAGGAAGCGGAAAUCAAGCUGAAGAUCAAGAUAUCAGCUGUGCUUGGGCUAGAACCCAAAACAAACGUCAGAAAAAAAGACUCCAAACUAUAAGCCAAACUACAGUAUGUGUCAGACCCUGGAAGUUGACUCAUCAGUACUGGAUUCUUCCUGUGGGCCCCUGUGUCUACAUCUAAGACUCUUUCUGAGCGCCUGAACUUUGGUUUCCAAGUCAACAUCCACAAUAUUUACAAGUCAACUUGAGCCAAAUUGAUUUGCUAAUAAUAUGUGGGUUUCUUUUUUUCAAUACAAUAAAAGACUGUGUACCUUUUCAAGCCUUCACCACAUUGAAACAUUCCUGUGAGGUUUCUCAAUUUUUUUUAUUUUUUUUUGUCACGGGAGAGGAAGGAAAUGAAACACAGCACACAAGAAGAGCGGACACACCUGGUAGAGGUAUUCACCCUUUCUGUCGGUGUGUACAGUUGUGCCAGGGCAUACUGUUGUUGCUGAAUGUUAGAGGCACAUUUCAGUGAUCUGUUUUAUUUAAAUAUCAUAGCUCCAUCUUCACAAUUUGCUGUCCUGAUGACCCAAAGUCACUGAAGAACAAUUGUGAACGCUCAAAAUUUAAGAGUUGUGGCUAAGUAAUACUUGAAGGUUUGCAAACUGUCCUAAGGUUGUUGUUUUUUUACUGCAUUUAUUUUUUCAGAUAAAAUGUAUUACUACGACAACAUGCAUAUAUCAUUGAUAUAUUUCUUCAUCUAAAGCCUUGGUGGGCAUAUGCUUGGUCUCAGGUUUAUCCUGCACAACCACACGUUGUACAUAGACAUGCCUGUGUUUUGACUUGCUUGUACACCAAGUCGCCUCAUCCAAGAACACUGUUGAUUUAAAUAAGGCGAAAGGAAUGCUGCUGUUUAAUUCUGUGUUGUUCGAGCUGGAGCAUAACGAAGAAGGUGGGAGGAAGGUUAGAGAAAGAGAUGGACUUUUUCUGAGUCCCUAAUCGUCCACUGUGGACAUCAGGUGGAAAUGUAUCCUCUGCACUUGUUCUUUAUAUUGUAAUUUUGUAUGAAUUUAAAUGUAUUAAAUUUAUUGAAUAUG